GUUUCUACGGCAUUCAAACGCUCUGGAAUUUUAGUUGUUUCGAAGUUUGCAGGUUUUUUUACGGUUGUGGGUCCAGGACCACUUGCGUCAUAACCUGGUCAGGUAGUUAAUCAAUCGAAAGUCGCAGUAGUAGGGUAGGGUUUAGCAUUGCGUGGGGUUUAGCAACGCGAGCAUUCUGUUUGUCGCUUGAUUCAGGUGUAGUGGUGAGGUGCAACGGGAAGCCGAAGUAGGGCCUUGAGGGAAGCAUCGAAGGAUGUUUUUGUAUAAUUUGACGUUGCAACCGGCAACGGGAAUAGUGUGUGCAACAUAUGGCAAUUUCACGGGUGGCAAGAGCCAGGAGAUUGUGGUAGCUAGAGGUAAGGUGCUGGACUUGCUGCGACCUGAUGACAAUGGGAAAUUGCAGACGCUGCUCUCAGUGGAAAUAUUUGGAGCCAUACGGUCUCUUGCGCAAUUCCGCCUCACUGGUUCCCAGAAGGAUUAUAUUGUCGUAGGCUCCGACUCAGGUCGCAUAGUGAUCCUUGAGUAUAACAAAGAGAAAAACAUCUUUGAAAAGGUGCACCAGGAGACAUUUGGGAAGUCAGGAUGUCGGAGGAUUGUACCUGGGCAAUAUUUGGCUGUAGACCCCAAGGGACGUGCUGUAAUGAUCGGUGCUUGCGAAAAGCAGAAGCUGGUUUAUGUGCUGAACCGCGAUAAUGCUGCGCGCCUCACAAUUUCGUCCCCCUUAGAGGCUCACAAAUCGCAUACCAUAGUUUAUUCCAUCACGGGUGUUGAUUGUGGCUUUGAUAACCCUAUCUUCGCUGCCAUUGAGCUAGAUUACUCCGAGGCAGACCAGGACUCGACAGGGCAGGCCGCAAACGAAGCGCAGAAGCACUUGACGUUUUAUGAGCUCGAUUUAGGGCUUAACCACGUUGUUCGGAAAUGGACAGAACCUAUUGAUAAUGGAGCUAAUAUGCUAGUUACAGUACCUGGUGGUGGGGAUGGACCGAGCGGGGUGCUCGUUUGUGCAGAAAAUUUUGUUAUUUACAAGAAUCAAAAUCAGCCUGAUAUUCGUGCAGUUAUUCCACGGAGGCAGGACCUACCUCCGAAUAGAGGAGUAUUGAUCGUUUCCGCUGCCACUCACAAGCAGAAAGCUCUGUUCUUCUUCUUGUUGCAGACCGAAUAUGGUGACAUUUUUAAAGUCACCUUGGACUACGACAAGGAUGAUCAAGUGACCGAGCUGAAGAUUAAGUACUUUGACACCAUCCCCGUGACCUCUGCAAUGUGCGUUUUGAAAUCUGGUUUCCUAUUCGCUGCUUCGGAAUUCGGAAAUCAUUCUUUGUAUCAAUUCCAAAGUAUUGGUGAAGAACCGGAGGUGGAGUCAUCGUCUUCCACUCUUGUGGAAACUGAAGAGGGUUAUCAGCCUAUUUUCUUCCAGCCCAGGAAACUUAAGAAUUUGGUACAGAUUGAUGAUAUUGAGAGUUUGAUGCCCAUUAUGGACAUGAAAGUGGCCAAUAUUUUUGAAGAGGAAACUCCACAGAUCUUUUCCUUGUGCGGCAGGGGUCCCAGGUCAUCUCUUCGCAUACUACGCCCCGGUCUUGCAGUGACAGAAAUGGCCGUGUCUCCGCUUCCUGGAGUGCCCAGUGCCGUGUGGACCGUUAAGAAGCAUGCCAAUGAUGAGUUCGAUGCUUACAUUGUGGUGUCCUUUGUGAACGCUACUUUGGUUCUUUCUAUUGGGGAAACCGUUGAGGAAGUAAGUGACAGUGGUUUCUUGGACACGACUCCUUCCUUAGCAAUCUCUCUUCUGGGUGACGACUCACUUAUGCAAGUGCACCCAAGUGGUAUUCGUCAUAUCAGGGCCGAUGGGCGUAUCAACGAGUGGAAAACACCUGGAAAGAAGACCAUCGUGAAAGUUGGAUACAAUCGAAUGCAGGUGGUUAUUGCCCUCAGUGGGGGGGAGCUUAUUUACUUUGAGAUGGACAUGUCAGGUCAGCUGAUGGAAAUUGAGAAGCGGGACAUGACGGGAGAUGUUGCUUGCCUCCACAUUGCGCCUGUGCCUGAAGGCCGUCAGCGGUCACGGUUCUUAGCUGUUGGUUCAUAUGACAGCACCAUUCGGAUCCUGUCCCUGGAUCCAGAUGAUUGUAUGCAGAUUUUGAGUGUUCAAGCAGUCUCAUCUCCACCGGAAUCGCUCCUCCUUCUUGAAGUGCAGGCUUCGACAGGAGGUGAAGAUGGUGCAGAUCACCCAGCGAGCGUCUUUCUUAAUGCUGGGUUACAGAAUGGAGUGCUGCUCAGGACCGAAGUAGAUAUGGUGACUGGACAGCUAUCAGACACACGUACCCGAUUUUUAGGUCUGCGAGCCCCCAAGCUCUUCUCGGCUCGAGUUAGGGGGAGGCGGGCGAUGUUAUGUCUUUCGAGCAGACCUUGGCUUGGUUAUAUUCAUCAAGGCCAUUUCUUAUUGACGCCGUUGUCGUAUGAAACCUUGGAGUAUGCUGCAUCUUUUUCCUCAGAUCAGUGCGCAGAAGGUGUCGUGGCAGUGGCUGGAGAUGCGCUUCGCGUAUUUACUAUCGAGAGACUUGGCGAGACAUUCAAUCAAACAGUUGUGCCCCUCCGGUAUACCCCUCGCAAGUUCAUUCUUCAUCCCAAACAGAAAUCUCUCAUUAUUCUCGAGAGUGAUCUAGGUGCUUUUAGUACAGAGGAGCGGGAAGCUAAUAAAAAGGAAGCAGUGAAGGCUACAGGUGGUCGCGAUGAUGAGAAAGCAAAUGGAGAGGAUGAAGAAAUGGCUGACGGGGAGAACGAGGAUCCUCUUCCUGAUGAGCAAUAUGGCUAUCCAAAAGCAGAGUCGAACAAGUGGGCGUCUUGCAUUCGAGUAUUGGAUCCAAAGACGAGCACAACCACUUGCCUUCUGGAGUUGCAAGAAAAUGAAGCAGCCUUCAGCCUAUGCGCUGUUAAUUUUCAUGAUAACAAGGAAUUGGGGACUCUUAUAGCUGUUGGAACCGCUAAGAAUAUGCAGUUUAUGCCAAAGAAAGAGUCAUCUGGUGGCUUUAUACACAUUUAUAGGUUUGUAGAAGAAGGGAGGAUCCUUGAACUUGUGCAUAAGACUCCCGUGGAUGGGGUUCCUACAGCUCUGUGUCAGUUCCAAGGUCGUCUUCUGGUUGGGGUAGGUCAAGUGUUGAGAAUAUACGAUCUUGGAAAAAGAAAGUUGCUGCGUAAGUGUGAGAACAAAAAUUUUCCGAACACAAUUAUCGCUAUCCACACAUAUGGCGACAGAAUAUAUGUUGGUGAUAUACAAGAGUCAUUCCAUUAUGUUAAAUACCGACGGGACGAAAAUCAGCUGUACACUUUUGCGGAUGAUAGCUGCCCGCGGUGGUUGACUGCGUCACUUCAUAUCGAUUUUGACACUAUGGCUGGAGCGGACAAGUUUGGUAAUGUUUACGUCAUGCGAUUACCUCAAGAUGUUUCAGAGGAGAUAGAAGAUGACCCUACUGGAGGUAAAAUUAAAUGGGAGCAAGGUCGAUUGAAUGGGGCGCCAAACAAGGUUGAGGAGAUUAUCCAGUUUCAUGUUGGAGAAGUAGUCACAAGCUUGCAAAAAGCAUCUCUCAUUCCAGGCGGAGGAGAAAGUGUGCUCUACGGCACUAUCAUGGGAAGCGUGGGAGCUCUGUUGCCAUUUUCAUCCCGUGAAGAUGUGGACUUCUUCUCUCAUCUUGAGAUGCACUUGCGACAAGAGAAUCCACCUUUGUGUGGUCGUGAUCACAUGGCAUUUCGAUCUGCAUAUUUCCCUGUCAAGGAUGUAAUUGAUGGAGAUCUAUGUGAGCAGUAUCCAAUGCUUACAUCCGAGUUGCAAAGAAAGAUUGCUGACGACCUUGAUCGAACCCCAGGUGAAGUUUUGAAGAAGCUCGAGGACAUCAGGAAUCGAAUUAUUUAAGCACUAUUCCGAUGACUCUCUGAUCGAGUUCCAUUUCACGGCUCCUAACUUCAUCGCCCUCCCAUAGCUGCCGGGACAAAUAUGUAGAGAUGCGUACUCCGGGGACUGACCAGGCACGGUGAAGAAUCACUCUCUGAGAGAGUUUCUUCCAAACACAAAUGGCAAUCUAUGGACAUAUUCUUGCCUUUGGAAAGACGAUCACCUGCACUAAUGCCCGAGAUAUGCAAGGACUGAGAAGCGGAAGGCAGUUUUUGACCACACUAUAGAUGUAUCCUGUCUGAAAGUGUUCUUCCAUCUGUAUGCAAUGUGGUGUGAGAAAGACUUUUCAACAAACAUGAGAUAUUUUAGAUUUUGACCUUCAGUGAGACAGUGAUCUGAAGCGCGUGCAAUGCUGUGACUAUUGCAGGUGUUGUUCUGCCUUUCACUUGAUUUUUUGGAAACAAGUUAACGGAGACAUGUAUUAUUAUUAUUGUUGUUAUCAUUAAUCAUUUGCUUUUGUCCAAUUUUGGACACGUAGUUUGCGACACA